AUGGCGGCCGCAAGGCGGGCGCUGAGGCUGCUGCCGCCUUUCACCACCUCCUCCGCCACAACUCAACCGCGCCGCCAUCUCCACCUCCACCGGCAGCUCUACGGCCGCCUCUACCCCGUCCUCCUGGUGAAAACCGACGGCUCCACCGUCCACCUGCGCUACAAAGAGCCCAAGAGGAUCCUGAUGCUGCCCCUGGACAGCAGCACUCUGCCUGAGGAGGAGCGCAAAGCACGGCUGAGGAGGCACUUCCCCAGCAAGAUAAAGGCUGAGGAGGAGGAGACCUUCGACAGCAUCGACAUGGGCACCUACAAGAAGUUCUGGAAGAAGUGAAGGCCUGAAAUAAAAAAAUUACCGAGUUUGUCCACCC